CAAGUGCACGAAAGUAUCACGGUUAUUUUGCAGGUGACUAUUCAAUUCAAGGUUAUAUCUAAAGCUGUUGAACAGAAUUUGGUACUAUUUAUUUGAAAUUCAAGCACUUUAAUUGAGAUUAAGUGAUUUUUAAAAGUUAAAAACACCAGGAUUAUAGAGUGUACACAAUAUAGUAAUCGUGAUAUCAGAUAAUGGAAGAAACAGAAUUUAAAGAUAAACGGGCGCUUGUUACUGGAGCUGGUAAAGGUAUAGGGCGAGGUAUCGCAGUGAGACUGGCCAACCUAGGAACCAAGGUGUACGCAAUUAGCAGGACACAGACAGAUCUAGACAAUCUCAAACAAGAAGUACCGUCAGUUGAAACUCGGCUUCUCGAUAUAUCAGACUGGGAAACAACCAGAAAGGUUGUAACAAAAGGAAUGGCAACGCGUGGUACUGGCGGGGCUGUCGUCAAUAUCUCUAGUAUUGCUGGAAUACGUACAACGAUGAACCAUUCUUGCUACAGUACCUCAAAAGCUGCCUUGGACAUGCUAACAUUGUCACUAACACACGAAUUGGGACCUAAAAAGAUACGUGUGAAUAGCGUCAAUCCGACUGUCGUCAUGACUGAGAUGGGAAAACGUGGAUGGAACGACCCUGAAAAGAAAGCUGCGGCCCUCGCUAAAAUACCAGUUGGUCGUUUCGCAGAAAUAGAAGACAUUGUUAAUGCGACGGUGUACCUCCUUAGUGACAAAUCUUCUAUGAUAAAUGGAGUUGUAUUGCCGGUAGAUGGUGGUAUGAUAAACAGCUUUGUAUAGAAAAUGUAAAGGCAUAAAUUCAUUAGAAUAUCUCUGUAUAAUAAGAGGAGGUUCCGCGUACAUGAGAGGAAUUAUUUCGUGAUGAGAUUUGUUCUGCCUAUUGCAGACAGUUUACCCUAGACGCAGGUUCAAUAAAGUCAAAACGAGAGGUGGCUUAACUUCAGUUCUUUUAUUGAGGUUCGUGUCAUUGAUG